AGGAUCACGACUUGGACAGUUGACUCUCUUUUAGUGACAUGCGUACCCAGAACUACACAUAUCCAUGCAAUCGAAUUCUCUUAUUCCUAUCCCAAUGGCGACCAGCGUUCGCUCAGUAUUGGUGUAAUCCCCGACAUGGAAUGGGAGCAUCCUCGGCCGGCGAUGAAGCAUUUUGAUAUCAAUUCCAGUCAAGGCGAGCGCAUAAUAAGUCUGACCGUUCAUUAUAAGCGGCCGUUCGAGGUCAAUCGCUUUAUCAUAAAAACCAACUACGAUCGCAUAUUCCAAGCUCCCUCUUUCAGCGCCGUUGAGCCCGCGACUUCUUUCUUGCGUCCCGAAUACCUAAAGCCGGACAAAGGGAUGAUCGUUGGCUUCUUUGCUAGUUUGGAGCAUCCUUUUUAUUUCAGGAGUAUGGGCAUCGUUUGCAACGAAAACUUGAGCCUCGAGCCAGUCGACGGGCUUGCUGCUGUGACCACCGCGUUUUCGUCGGUUCACUGCUAGUGAAAGGGCCGAGGAAGCAGAGUAGCGGGGAUUUGGGAGUGGAGU